AUGACUGUAAGGAUCUUCAGCAAUGAGGUAGCUGAUGCCAAGUCUUUCUCAAGACCUUUUAACGUCUUGCCUGUAAAGACAAAAUGGAGUAAUGUUGGCUUUCAUAUUCUGCUAUUUGAUUUGGAAAACCUUGUUGAACUUUUGUUGCCAACUCCACUCGGUGAUGUUGACAUUUCCAGUUCAUUCUAUGGUAGUGAUAUCUUGAGAAGAGCCAAGAGCACAGUAGAGAAGAAGACACUGACACUGAAAAAAAGCAAAACUUCAUGUGUUCCUCUCUCAGCAGAAGCACAGGCCAAACCUGCUAGUGAAAGCCUGGUCCAAGGAGAUAAUGCCAUCAAAUUCUUAGAAGAAAAUGAUGUCAUUAAAAGGCAGAAGAAAAUGAAGAGUUCCAAAAAGAUGUACCUUAAGCCAUCAAGAAAAGUGGAUACCAAUCUCACAAUAGACACAGCUAAAUUAUUUCUGUCUUGCCUUUUGCCAUGGGGAGUGGAUAAAGAAUUAGAUCAUCUCUGCAUUGAGCAUCUCAAUAUUUUAAAGCUUCAGGGUCCUGUUUCUUUAGGACUUGCUUCAAAUGAAGAUCACUUCUCAUUGAUGUUGCCAGGUUGGGAUUUAUGCAAUUCUGAAAUGAAAAAAGACUAUUCAAGAGUAAAUUUAUUUUCCAGAAAAGUUUUGGACUUGUCAAAUAAAUACACAGCCACUCUUCUAAAUCAGGUUGGAAUUCCAAAAGGACUGGAAAAUAAUUGUGAUUCUUUGCAAGUGUCAAAUACUAUAGUUUAUUUAUUGAGCAGACUAUUUUUAAUUAACAAGUUAGUUAACAUGCCUUUAGAACUGGCCUGUGGAGUUGACAGUUCUCUCAAAAUGGAAUUUGUACGUAAUAAGGUGAAAAGUCCUGGGAAUGAUAUUUUGAGUAUUUCAAGCUUCUAUGGUUACUUGCGAAAUGGUAAGAAUGAAUCCCAUGUACCUGAGGCUGACCUUUCACUUUUGAAGUUAAUUUCCUGUUGGAGGGACCAGUCUGUGCAGGUAACUGAAGCAAUACAAGCUGUACUCUUGGCAGAAGUUCAACAACACAUGAAGACUUUGAGAAAGAUACCAAUCAAUAAUCAAUCAGUGUCCGUGGCAGAGAAUGGUAACUGUGAGAUGAUACAAGUCCUAUCAAAGAUGGAAUGGGCAGAAGAACUAGAGUUACAGUGUGUUAGAAACACUUGCCCUCUGCAAACUCCAGCCAGUCCAGUCAAGCAUGACAGCAACUCAAACUCGGCAAACUUCCAAGAUACUGAGGACAUGCCUGACAGAUGUGUCUUGGAAGAGUCUGAGAGUCCAGAUGAGCCAAGUCAUCAUUCAUGGAUUGCAAAGGUGUGUCCCUGCAGGGUGUGCUAAAUGAAAUCACAU